CUUUGCAUCCGACAGUUCGUUCAAUAUCAGCGACCAGAAUGGUUCGCCUACGCGGAUUACUUUCCAUCCUGGGCCUGCUCCUGGCCAUUAACGGAGUACAGGCAAGAUUUUGCGGAGGAUCAAUGGAUCAGAAGUGUGUGCCACGGCAGUCCUGCAGGAUCGGCUCUGAGAAUGGAAUGCCGAUCAUCGAGUACAGACAUUUACAAGGCGGCAACUUUGGAUGUCCUACCACGGAAACCUGCUGUCCCCUAACAGAAAUGUUGGGUAAUUCAAUUCCCGUCUCUGAUGACCCGGUUCAGCUGGAUUGUGGCCACGUCAACAAGGAAGGCCUGACAUUCACCAUUACGGGCUUGGAGGAGCUGGCCCAAGAGGCCGAGAUGCCAUGGGUGGUGGCUCUGAUGGAUGCCACAAACCUGCAAUAUAAGGCAGCCGGUUCCCUCAUUGCCCCGGAUGUGGUGCUCACAGCCAGCCAUGUGACCGAGAAACUGUCCGAGCAACAGCUUCUUGUGAGAGCUGGUGAAUGGGACCUUAAUACCGAUACAGAGCAGCAAAAACAUGUCGACGUUGCCAUCAGGAAGAUCGUGCGCCACUCUAAGUUUGAUGCAGACAAUGGACAAUACAAUGUGGCCCUUCUGUUCCUCGAGAAACCGCUUCAGCUUACCCGCCACAUUAAUCUUAUCUGCCUGCCGUCAUCGAACCGGAACUUCAUCCAAAGCCGAUGCCUCGUCGGUGGCUGGGGUAAGAAAACCAUCGAGGAUAACAGCUACAUGAACAUCAUGAAGAAGAUCCAAAUGCCGGUGGUGGACCGCCUUACAUGCGAGAAGCAACUGCAAGUCCCCUACACCAAGGACUUCAGGCUCCAUCACAGCCUGAUGUGCGCCGGCGGAGAAAUUGGCAAGGAUUCCUGCGAGGGUGACGGAGGAGCUCCGCUGGCCUGUCCGCUUCAAAGCGAUCCCGAGCGGUACGAGCAGGCCGGCAUCGUCAACUUUGGAUACGGAUGCGGAGAACCGAUCCCUGCAGUCUACACUGAUGUUUCCAAAAUGAACGGAUGGAUUAGGCAGCAGAUCCAGGCGAAUUCACUAGGUCGAGGUAAUGGUAAUGGUAAUGUUCGAGGUGCAGGCGUCAGAAAUAUUCGGAUUAUGGGCGAUGGUCAAGAAGCUAGGGUUGACAAUGGGCCAAGAUAUGAGCAUGUGCCAGGUGGAUUAGGAGGAUCUGGUGGAGGAGGUGGUACUGACGCAGUUGGAGGCAUUAGAUUUCAUCAAGGUGGAGCCCCAGUGAACGUUCCAGUUAGAAGUAAUGAAUAUACUCCACUCCAGGUGGAGGCGGAGGAUAUAAUGAAGGAAGAGUUCCAGUGAUUGUUCCAGCUAGAAGUAAUGAAUAUAUUCCAGGUGGAGGCGGAGGAUAUAAUCAAGGGGGAGCCCAAGUGAACGUUCCAGCUAGAAGAGAUAACUAUAUACCAGGUAUGUUUGAAGGGUCAAAUGGAGGGGGUGGUAACGUCGCAGGUGGAGGCGGUAGAUAUGAUCAAGGGAGACCCCCAGUGAACUUUCCAGCUAGAAGAGAUGAAUUUCCGCCAAAUGGACUUGGAGGAACAGGCGAAGGAGGAACAGCGGGUGGUAAUGCAGCAGACAGAGGAGUUAGGUAUGAUCCAGGAAGAUUCCCAGAACCCAAUUUCUUCUUUGGAGAUAGAAAUGAACCAGCUGGGAGUCAAAACACGGUUCCAGGGAGAAGUGACCCGCCUGUAAAUGAAAUAUUCAAUAACAAAAAUAUUGUAUUACAAAAUGAUAUAAGGAAAAAAAAACACAGCACCAGGUGAACAAACCACUAUGGAAGUAUUUAGAGCCUAAAACAUAUAUUGUUUUGUAUUUGUUAAUCUAAUGUUGGACGAAACUGUUUAAAGCAUAAAUAAUAUAUUUGAAUAAAGGCAA